AUGUCAGACUUAUCCCACUACGCUAGAAUUGCCCAUUUUCAAGGUCUAACCUAUGGUCUUCGAUCAGCUACUUCAGAAAACUCGGGAAAUAGGACCGUAGUAACUGAUCGAGGUUCAUUUGUACUCGAUUACCGGGGAGAAGGAGAUUAUGGUAAUGAUCGACAAUUGGUAUACUCGUCUUAUGACGGAGCCAACGUACAAGAAUCACAUGUUGUUAGAGCGCUGAGUAUCAUGAAAGAUGAUGGGAGCCCGCAACCUGCUUCGACUAUUACUUACAAUGGUAAGACUUUUGCGCUCGUUGAUAGUGUUAGAGGGACACCUGGAGCGGAUUGGGAAGAUCUCGAGACAGAUGAAGAAUAUCAUAUUUUUCUUAAGAGAGAUGGUGGAGAUGGUGAUGACCUACACUUACUAUUUUCAUCUUACGCUGAGACCUGUUGA